AAAAGGACUCCUGGCUAUAGCCUGAUAGAGUUCAGAUAAACAGGUAUUGAAAAUGGAACGCAGGUCUGAUUUGGAUAGUAAAAACCAGUUUAUCCAAUCGGGACGUUGGUUUCCAUAUCUUGAUAAAUUUGAUGCAAGAAGUAUGCAUUUGAAGUGGUGAAGUGUUGGAAGCGCUUGAUCCGCAUAUAUUGGAUGUGUGGAAGGAGAGGUUUCGGAAUUUGGCAAAGAAUCGGAGCUAUUCGGUGUGUUUGGUGGUCGAGGGAUUGUGUGAUUUCGGGAAUGUUUCUGCAACAUUUUGGUCAGUGGAUGCGCUAGGGUUCCAGUCAGUUCAUGUUGUGCCCUGCGACAGCUCGAAAAGGUGCAACAAGAUUUGAGGUGGCUCCUGGAGAAAGUGUGAUACUUGCAUUUUGGUUUGGAUAGAGGUACGGAGACAAUCGUCAUGUGAGCAUGGGAGGUGAGAAAUGGUUAGAUAUCGAACUUUGGAACUCUACCGAGCGGUGCUUCAAAGUUUUAAAAUCACGUGGUUAUCGUAUUGCCACAACGCAUGUGGGAAUGGAUGCGGUUUCCAUUUAUGAUAUGGACUGGUCAUGCCCAACCGCAAUAGUUGUUGGAAAUGAAAAUAGUGGGAUAAGCAACGAGGCUCUGGAGUUGUCAGAUCUGCAUUGCAGUAUUCCUAUGAAAGGCAUGGUGGAUUCUUUCAAUGUUUUUGUUGCUGCUGGCAUUCUCAUGCACCAUGCCGUCUGUGACAGGACUUCUCGCUUGGGUUGUCAUGGUGAUCUAACAUUGGACGACAGCCAAACUCUUCUUGAGGAAUUUUAUCUGCAUCACUGCAAGAGUGCAAUUAGUAUUGCCAAAGAGUAUGCGAACAGGAAGUUAACCAGGUCCACGACAAAGCUUUGAUAAAGGCAUCAACGGUCUAACCUCUGGAUUUCCUGUUGUAGAAUAUUUACAUAUAGUGGCUCCAGAAAAUCUUACAGGUGCUGUUUUUGCUGUCAUUUUAUUUAUUGUUAUACCCACCGAAAUGCGUAAGAUGUAGCAAAAUGUAGCAAAAUUAUAUGAAUAACAUGUGUGCAUUGCUCAUGUAGUCCUAGUUUUUUACGACCAAUGCUUAAGAUGUAUCAAAACACGUGAAUAACAUGUGCAUCGGUCAUCUAGGCCUAGUUUUAGAAGUUAAAAGUGUAGGAAUGGAGAAUGACAUUGCAGUAUACAUGGUAGAAUUUGA